UGUGAAAAAACUUGGAGACUCUUUUAAAAAGCGCGUCACCAUGGGCUCCCCGCAAAAGAUAAAAUUUGGAAAAUAUAUGUACGAUUUGUCUUUCUUUAAAGGAAUAAGCCAUUGCACACGCCAGGAAAAGGAGCUUUUCGUGAAGAAGCUUCGUGAGAAGCUAGAUACGGUUGUCAGAAACGAAACAGAGUAUUUCUUGGAUUUUGACGCCAUGGCAGGGCUCAAAAAGAAUUUGGUCUACUCGUUAAAUAUAGACGAAGUUCAUAAUCACCACCUGCUGUAUGUGCAUAAGUUCUUUGUCAUAUUCCUGACCUGCCUCCAAGACGGGACUCAGACGCUGGUAUUUGCUGAGAGUAACUGCCAGAGCAAAAGUCAGCAGCUUACGAAUUCAGAAUCUAUGGCCACUGCUCUUGGCAGAGUGCUCCGAGCUGUCAGAUUCGAUGCCAGAUCCAAUUUGGUCGCGAUUGUUGGUGAUCGUGCUCGUCUGAAUUUAAAGUCCUUGGAUGAUCUGUCAUACACAUUUAACUUUGCCAUGCCCCCAGUAGUUUUUGAUCCAACCCAUUUAAUUGGAUCAUUUUCACAGCAACACGACAUGUCCUGCUGUGAAAGUGUCACCCAAUUAAUGACCACAAAUUUCAUGAAAGAGACGUUCUCGGAGCAGGUAUCUAUGAUCAUCGGCCAGUGUCAUUGCAAAGAUACAGAGAAUCUCUGCAUCUUUUGGGAAUUGUGCGCUGCGGUCCAGUCCGUCUUGAAGAUGGUCAUGCGGCAUCAGGAGCAGUGCAUACUGAUGAAUCUCAAAAAUAAUAAUCUUGAGAUUUAUUGCAAAGCGUUAAUGAAGCAGCUGCCCAUAUUAGAUAUGGAUUUCUGCGAUGAGGGAGCAGGUCUGCUGUUCCUACUGGCUAAUGAUGUCGUGGCCAACUUAAAUAAACCAUAAAAUUAGAUUUCCUUUUGUAUAUUUACAGAUUUUAUUAUCAUAUUAUAUAAUUUUAAAUAAAUUGUAUACAUAUGUA